AAAACUGAUAACUGGUCAGUCUAUCUGUUCGAUGAUCAGAACACACACCGCCACACGGUCAUAAAGCGCGUUCACAGCUGCUCCGACAGUGAAGUGUGAGAGGAUGAGCUGUUGGUCUGCGCUGAGGGAAGAUGGCGGCGGCUGGACCGUGAUCAGAUUAACCCGCUGCUCUUAAAUCUCUAUCUCUGGUUCGACUGAGAGUUUUUGAGCUGUUAUCGUGUGUUUGUGUUGAAUUGUUGAGUGAUGUCGGACUCGGAGGAGGAGAUUCAGGAGCGGCAGCUGAAGAUCGUGGUGCUGGGAGACGGAGCGUCUGGAAAGACAUCUCUCGCCAUCCGCUUUGCACAAGAGGCUUUUGGGAAACAGUAUAAACAGACGAUAGGGCUGGACUUCUUCCUCAAGAGAAUCACCCUGCCAGGAAACCUGAAUGUCGCGCUGCAGGUGUGGGACAUCGGAGGACAGACCAUCGGAGGAAAAAUGCUGGACAAGUACAUCUACGGAGCGCAGGGUGUGCUGCUGGUAUAUGACAUCACUAAUUCUCAGAGUUUUGAGAAUCUUGAAGAUUGGCUGAACAUGGUGAGAAAAGCCAACGAAGAGUCUGACACACAACCUGCGAUAUCACUGAUCGGAAACAAGAUUGAUCUGGAGCACAUGCGGACAGUAAAGAUGGAGAAACAUCAGCGAUUCUGUCAGGAGAACGGACUCAUCAGUCAGUUUGUGUCUGCGAAGACGGGAGACUCUGUGUCUCUGUGUUUCCAGAGGCUGGCGGCUGAGAUUGUUGGAAUAAAGCUGAAUAAAGCCGAGAUCGAGCAGUCGCAGCGUAUUGUCAAAGCAGAGUUGGUGGAUUAUCCUCAGGAUGAGGGACCAAUCAGACAAGAGACCAAUCAGAGCAAGAUCUGCUCUGUCCAAUAACACACGUGGUUAAAGCCGACAUAGUGAACUACAGUCAGGAGUCGGUGGCUCGAGCCGUCAACCCUCCGCGCAGCUCCAUGUGUGUCAUACAGUGACCGCCAUACAUCGUCUGUGUGUGUGUGUGUGUGUGUGUGUGUGUGGCUCACGUCUGUCCUCUCGUGAGCGAUCCUGAAAGACUCGUGAUGGAACUCUGAACGCAGAGUGAACCAGUGAAACGGACACAAAAUUUACACUUUAUAUUUUUCUCCCUCUUUCAUUUGCCAAUUAGAUAUUGUGUUCCAUAAAAAGCUUUAAAGUGUGAAAGUUUUACCUUUUAAAUCUGUGUUUUUGCAAGUCGAGACAGUUUUAUAGAGGAUUGUUGCGUGUAAAUGCUGCUGCUGGAGCGAACCGAGAUCUCGCAGCUGCGGGAGGAUUCGCUCGCACCGACGGAGGCCUGACUUCCUCCGGUUAAAGGUUAGAGCAGACACGUGUGUUUGUGUGUGUGUGUUUGUUAUGUAAGAAAGUACCUUUAUAGACGGCCAUUCUGAGCACAUUUCAAUAUCAAUAACUCUUCAAGGUGAAUCAUUUGACUCGGUUUCCACAGUAUUUCCCCCUGUUUCAUUAUUAUUUGGCAAAUUCAGAGCGAAUAUCUCAAAUUCAUGGACGUAACUCUCCCCCUCCAUGUUCAUGACUGAUAUUUGAUGUUUACGAGCAUCAUAUUGGACCAAUAAUCUGCAGUAAAGCAGGAGUCACACAGAGACGUCUUGUGUUGAAAAUUUGCCGGCUGCCUGUAAACUCUAUUUGAGUGAUUUGUUGGUUUGUGCGCGAGUGAGUGUUUUCAUUUCCACGGGACGUCCGGAUCCCUCUACUUAGAGAAGUUUCAUUAUACGACCUCUGAAUAUUUCUAUUUAAAUACUGAAUGUAUUUGUAAACUCAAGCCUGUCCAGGUGUUGUAGAGCGUUGUACCGUUUAGGAAUAAAUGUCACAACACACGUUGA